AUGGAAAAGUGCACCAAAAGAAAGAAGAAACAUCUGGAGGGCGAGAUUAUGAAUGGAGAACGGGUACCCGAUAUGCAAUUAGGAAAGUGCCGAUAUGUUCGAUUACAUGACAAUGUAAAUUACGUCGCUGCGGGUAUCAUUCUCCGAGGAGAAGGGCCCGAGACAGGAGGGUGCUUCUUGAUCAGGAGUUGCCAAAAAAGACUGCUACGGAAAUGGAUUAUGCCGGCAGACGUGUUCGAAGAGGCGAAAAUGAGAACGCUGUUAAACGAGAGGUACGAGAGGAGUCCGGUUAUGAAUGUGAUGUAA